AUGGCCAUGAUUGCUGCCUCGACGGCGCACCCGCCGCUCUCCCUCGUCCGCAGGCUCUCCCUCGUCCGCAGGCUCUCCCUCGUCCGCAUGCUCUCACAUGGUCAUCCCGCACACGUGUCAUCGUUUACAGCCCCUCUGAUUGACACCAACACGGAUACCAUCUCGGCGUGCCACCCAACCAUGCGCAUUCAUGCUCCCGCGCAUCGUCCUGGCUCUCCUUCCACCCUAUCUAUAUAA